AUGGAUGCAGCAACUCUUCCGUGUUGCCGUGAUCGUUUUGGCGAACAAGCCUGUCAAUCGUUGAGAAAAACCCAACCGGCAACUUUCGAGAAGCGAUGCUUGGGCGAUCACGAUUUUCACACAAUCGAUUGCUGUUUGGAGUGCCGGAGAUACAUUGAAAAUAAUAAUAUUCAUCCGGAUAACGCUCGAGCCGUCCUCCGAGCGCCUAUCGUUUGCCGGGAUAAGCAUUCGAUCGCUUUCUGCCGUCGCUUCAAGGAGUCGGGAUUGGGGAAAUACUCGUGUAAAGACACUGAAUUCGCGAUCAGAGUUUGCCGAUCUUCAUGCGGUUAUUGCAACGACGAUCUCUAUUCAGCCGCUCACUCCGUUCCAAGCUGUACCACAAUGAUGCAAAUGCAACAACGAAAAUUGUGGAUUUAU